AUGUAUGACCUCCUCACUGUCUUUCAUAAGCGUUUCAACACUGUUCUCAUGUAUGACCUCCUCACUGUCUUUCAUAAGCGUUUCAACACUGUUCUCAUGAACGACCUCCUCACUGUCUUUCAUAAGCGUUUCAACACUGUUCUCAUGUAUGACCUCCUCACUGUCUUUCAUAAGCGUUUCAACACUGUUCUCAUGUAUGACCUCCUUACUGUCUUUCAUAAGCGUUUCAACACUGUUCUCAUGAACGACCUCCUCACUGUCUUUCAUAAGCGUUUCAACACUGUUCUCAUGUAUGACCUCCUCACUGUCUUUCAUAAGCGUUUCAACACUGUUCUCAUGUAUGACCUCCUCACUGUCUUUCAUGAACUAUUUCAACACUGUUCUCAUGAACGACCUCCUCACUGUCUUUCAUAA